UGAUGGAAGAUUCCUGAUCAAGCUCGUUGCUGGCAGAAAUCAGCUGGAUUUCCAAUGGUACAUCCAAUGUUGGAGAAUAUGUACACUGCGUUCAGUAGACCUGCUCUCUCCGGCUGUCUCCAUUCAUUGCUAUUUCAGUGUCAAUUUCACUGUCUCCAGAGCAGCGGGCAGUCACGUGGCACAACACACGAUGCUCGCUUUGCCGGAUCUGGGCUCCAAGAGAAUGUCAUUGCCAUGCACGUCUUUGACUGCAAGUGGAAGAGUCAGUGCGACACAAAGAACUUUCACUUCAACACCAUUAUUACUUCCAAAAGUGAGUCAGGCUGUCAUCCCACUCUCUGUCAAUCAGUGUGGCCAACGCAUUAAUCCUCUACAUCCACCAGGGGUGAAGCGACGGACAGUCAGUCUAGAAACCUUUGCAGCUCAUCACCAUAACCAACAAAGGGCUGUGGUGAUGCGACAGAAGGAGUAUAACAGGUAUCACCAGAGUUGGCAGCGUCCAUUUUAUGGAUCUGUGGCUGAGAAGGAGGAAUAUAGGCGUGAGAUCCGGCAGCUGUUAAAAUGGCAGAUGAGUCAGCAGCGAGAGUCUCAACGUUAUGCCCUGUUCAAUCGGGCCAAAGAGGGAGAAGCAGCACGUGAGGCAGAAAGACAGGCAACUCUUCAAGAUCUGGAAAAGCAGAUUGCACGUUCCCGUUUUCUUCAAGCAUUCCGGGAUGAAAACAAAAAGCUGAUGGAAAUUCAGUGGAAGGAGAAGAGGUUAGCAAAAUCCCUGGAUUCUCUACGAGAGCGUGAGCUGCUGCAAUACAACCCAAUCAACUGGAGCUGCACUUUGAAAUAGAUUUCAGCGUGAAUUGAUGUGCCACUCACAAUACGAAAUGGACGCAAGUUAUGACAUUUUCUCAAUAAAGAUUCAUUUUAAACAUUUUGCAAUUGCUUCA